CGGGAGCUUAGAAACUAUCAAAUUGAUGGAAAUUGCGAAGAAAGUAGACUUUUUGAAACUUUGGAAUCGUUGGAAUAUAUCGAAAAAGGAGAGAGAAAGUUGAUGGAGGAGAUGCUGAUUUGCGAAAUUAAUGACUUACGCAUUCAUGACGAUUUUCGAGAGAUACUCAAAGAAUCUAAACUUUA